AUGGAUAUUGGAUACCAGCAGCCACAGCACCACCAGCCACAGCACCACCAAGUGCCUCAGCAGUACUAUGCUAACUAUGAAUCUCGAGAGAAGUCUUUGUUGCCCCAGAAAUCUGUUGUGUCGAAGGGGAAAUACUCGUUACAGGAUUUCCAGAUUAUGAGGACCCUGGGGACUGGCUCGUUUGGGCGUGUACACCUGGUAAGGUCUGUGCACAACGGUCGUUAUUAUGCAAUGAAAGUACUGAAGAAGCAGCAAGUGAUUAAGAUGAAGCAGAUUGAGCAUACGAAUGAUGAGCGUAGGAUGUUGAAACUCGUGGAACACCCAUUUGUUAUCCGUAUGUGGGGGACUUUCCAGGAUGCCCGUAAUUUGUUCAUGGUGGUCGACUAUAUUGAAGGUGGUGAAUUGUUCUCACUAUUGCGUAAGUCUCAUCGUUUCCCAAAUCCCGUGGCCAAGUUCUACGCGGCGGAAGUAACUCUGGCAUUGGAAUACAUGCAUUCCCAUAACAUUAUCUAUCGUGAUUUGAAACCAGAGAAUAUCUUGCUGGAUCGUAAUGGACAUAUCAAGAUCACUGAUUUUGGAUUUGCCAAAGAAGUUGUCACUGUGACUUGGACUUUAUGCGGGACUCCGGAUUAUAUCGCACCGGAAGUGAUCACUACAAAACCUUAUAACAAAUCUGUCGAUUGGUGGUCUCUCGGAGUGCUAAUCUUUGAAAUGCUCGCAGGUUACACACCUUUUUACGAUAACACACCGAUGAAGACUUACGAGAAGAUUUUGCAAGGUAAAGUUAACUAUCCUCCUUUCUUCCACCCAGAUGCAGUGAACUUAUUGAGCAACCUUAUCACAGCAGACUUGACUAGAAGACUAGGUAAUUUACAAAGCGGAUCAGACGAUAUUAAGUCGCAUCCAUGGUUCAGUGAAGUGGUGUGGGAAAAGUUACUCGCCAAGGAUAUCGAGACGCCAUACGAGCCACCGAUCCAGGCCGGUACAGGUGACACUUCGCUCUUUGACCAGUACCCAGAGGAGCACUUGGACUAUGGUAUCAAAGGCGAGGACCCUUAUGCACAGUAUUUUGUGGAUUUUUGA